AUGAACAUCUCUGGAUCAGGAUCCUCUUCUGAGUCAGUGAGAGAAUUCAUCCUUCUGGGUUUUCCCUGCAGCAGGGAGAUUCAGGUCAUCCUGUUUAUGUUCUUCUCCAUCAUCUACCUCCUGACUCUCAUGGGAAAUGGAGCCAUUAUCUGUGCUGUUUUUUGGGAUCAACAUCUCCACACCCCCAUGUACAUCCUGCUUGGGAAUUUUGCAUUCCUGGAGAUCUGGUAUGUCAAUUCCACUGUUCCAAACACACUGAUCGACUUCCUCUCAGAGACCAAGACCAUCUCUUUCACUGGAUGCUUCCUUCAAUUAUAUUUUUUCUUUUCCAUGGGCUCCACUGAGUGCUUCUUUCUCUCAGCAAUGGCCUUUGAUCGCUAUUUUGCCAUCUGUCAUCCUCUGCAUUAUGCUACAGUUAUGACCAGACAACAGUCUUUCAACCUAGCAAUUUCCUGUUGGGUAUGUGGCUUUCUCUGGUAUCUGGUACCUGUUAUUCUUAUCUCCCAACUGCCUUUCUGUGGUCCUAAUGCAAUUGACCACUUUGUAUGUGACUCAGGACCACUGCUGACCCUUUCAUGUGCUCCUGCCCCCGUGUCCAAGCUCAUCAGCUAUACCCUAAGCUCCCUCAUCAUCCUCCUUAGCUUUUUCUUCAUCCUCAUCUCCUAUGCCCUGGUUCUACUUGCUGUGCUUCAGUUGCCUUCAGCAUCCAGUCGGCAUAAGGCCUUUUCAACAUGUGGAUCCCAUUUGUCCGUGGUGCUGUUAUUCUACGGGACGAUUAUGGUGAUGCAUGUGAGCCCUGGAUCCAGCCAUUCUACCCUGAUGCCAAAGAUCAUGACCUUGUUCUAUGCAAUGGUGACUCCACUCUUCAACCCUUUGAUUUAUAGUCUUAGGAAUAGGGAAAUGAAAAAUGCUCUCUGGAAAGUU